UGUCUGGGGUGUGUGUGUGCGUGAGUUCCCAGUGAGUCAGGUGGACACCGGUGAGGGUGGAAGCAGUAACUGAGAGUGGGAGCAGAUAAGCGGGGAGGCGAUGGCGAGCUUGCGGCCGCUGCUGACGGCUACAGUGUGUGUGCUCUGCCUGCUUCAGGCGACUGGCACCCGGGCUCAGAACUGCGACCAAGGAGAGGACGGCAGUUGCCGCUCGCAUUGGACCCACCUGUGGUAUGUGUGGUUGAUUCUGUUGACAGUCUUCCUGCUGCUGGUGUGUGGGGUGGCGGCCAGCUGUGUCAAGUGCUGCCGGAGGUCCAAGCCUCAAGCCCCCACCUUUGCCAGCCGACCGUACGAAGUGACUGUGAUCGCCAUUGACAAUGACAGCAGCAUAACACCAAACAGUACCCUGCAGUACAUAUCCACCGGCAGGAAUCACAUGCCGUUGCGGGAUCCCAGUCAACUCAUCCUGCCUCCUCCAUCAUACAGCCUAUGCACCAUUGACAACCCUCCAACCUAUGAGAUGGCCCUGAAAAUGGCCAAAGCUCCUGAGACCUCUGACCCAAAGAGCGGGGCAGAGAAUCCAAAUGGAAAUGGGGCUCAGAUUCCAGAAAGGAUCAGAGGGCCUGGAUCCACAGAUGGAACAGUUGCAUCAUCUGCAUCGGCAUCGUCGUAGCGAUAGGAACCCCUGAAUCAACAUUUGUCCGUGUACCGUGUACCAUUUUCAGGCAGUGAAAUAUUUUCAGCAAAUUGCUGCAAAAUGGCUCCAUUACUGAGUAAUGACAUUUGAGCAGUCGGUUUAUCAGGAGGGUGCAUUACCGUUGACGCUAUUCAAUGCAAACAUCCGAGUUUCACAUGAUAUUUUUGCACAAAUGCACGAUGAGUUUUUCGUUCCAUAUUUUGUAUUUAUAUUGCAUUCCAUUCCUACCAGCACUUUUGCAGCUAAAGUUCUCGAUGCCUCAAUUGGGCUCUUCACGUUAAAGAAAGCCAGGCUUUCAAACACACAGCACUGCUGUGCCGAUGGGCACUCAUUUUACGUUGGGAAUCUUCAAGCAUAAUAAAGCAUUUCUAUUUCAUUCAGACAGUUCCAACAUGCAGUGGGGGAAAAAAAACAAUAGCAUGGAUGUCCCCUUCUGGUUUCUAAGGUAGACGUAAAAUGAUGGAGUAACUUAAGUGGUCUGGCAGCAUCUCUGCAGAGAAGGAAUGGGUGACAUUUCACGUCGAGACCCUUCUUCAGACUGGCCUCGACCCGAAACAUCACCCAUUCCUUCGCUCCAGAGAUGUGGCCUGUCCUGCUGAGUUACUCCAACAUUUUGUCUAACUUCAAUUUAAACCAGAAUCUGCAGUUCUUUCCUGCCCUUCUUGUUUCUGUUGUGGUUUUCCCCCACAUUGCGUCGUUCCAAGGGUUAGCUCAAUUGUGCUUUUGGUUAUGAUAAAGUGAGCUAAUUCAUGAAAUGGCUUUAAAUCUGCACGGUACACAGCCACUUACUUUUAUUGUUGACUACCCAAAUAUAAAGAGACUGCUGCUAUUAACAGGUCAGCAAAACCAUUUGGGAUUUGUUAGCUUAGAAGGUCAAAGUUGCCAAAUGUGACUCUCCUCAAAGUUGGUAACAAAGUCUUGUUUACAUAAUGAGAAAACUACUUGCAUUCUUAUGUUAAUGUAUAGUUAUGCUAUUUUUUAUAAAGCUCUAGUUUUAUUACAAUGCUUUGUAACCUUUUUUUAAAUUUAAUUUUUAUCAAGAAAUUGACAAUAAAUAUUCAAAGAGCCAA